AUGACGGACCAGAUGCCGCGCAUGGCGCGCAUGCACAGCCAUAGCAGCCAGACGAAUGGCACGGGCGGGGGCGGCGGUGCGCGCCGGACGUCCCUCUCUUCGUUCCCCUCGUCGCGCUCGCCGUCGCAGAUGUCCCGCCCGGCCCGGUCGCCGCAGCCGCCGGUGCACGAGGUCGACCGAAGUUCGGACGUGAGCUCUCACAGGCCCAAGACGCCGCUCGACUCGCAGCACUCGUCGCUCUCGGCCUCCCGCCAGGUGUCGGGCAGCGCCAUCCCCAACCUCCACCACAACCACUUCUACCAGCAGCAGACCCCGGCGCGCAAGAUCCGGUCCCAGUACCCGCGCGGCGAGACGGACAACCACGUCGAGUACAUACUCGUCGCCUCCUUCGACAUUGACCGCGGACCCGUCAUGGAGCACCAGUACCCCGUCGCCAUCACCGGGGAUGAGCACAUGCUCGCCGAGCUCAUGCUCCCGGACCAGGCCCACGCCCGCAACCAGGAUUGGACAAUCUUCUUCCUCCACAAGGACGGCAACGAGGAGGACGAGGAGAGGGAGCGCCGGGUCAGGGAGGCGAGGCGGCGCCGCAGACGGCGCAGACGCAACAGAGAGGCCGGCAUCAUCGACGAGGAGGACGAGCAGGACGCCGAGGAGGACGAGCUGGACGACGACCCGGGCGACGACUCGGACGGCUACGAGUCGGUCGACAGCGAGCCCGAGGGCGGGGAGGGCCCGCCGCUCGUCUACGUGCUCAACCUCGUCAAUACCAAACACGACAAGUCGGUCAAGCGAGGUGCCAUUGUCAAGGCCAUGGCCAUCUGUACACGGCAUCCGUUCCUGCACAUCUACAAGCCACUGCUCCUGCUCGCCCUAGAAGAGUACUUCAAGGCGCCCGUGCCCGAGACAUUGUCGAUGCUCUUCGACGCCGUCAACGCCAUGGACCUGUCACUGAUGCCGCGGCUGAGCCUGCUGGAGAGGCACCUCCUCCAGGGCAGCGAGAACAAGGACCUGUUCAUGCACAAGUUUGAGCGCAUGAUCCAGCAGCGCAUGGCCGAGGACCAGGCGGCCGAGGACAGCGGUCGGGGUUCGGGGUUCGGCGACGCCGGCCGUGGCCGCAGCCCGGCGCGGACGCCGACGCCGGCGGCCGGGAUAUCGCGGACGGGGACGCGGGCAUACGUCGAGGCCGGGCCGUCGGUGUACUCCGUACCGCGGGACACGCACGAGUUCGAGACCAAGAUCAUGUACAAGGGGAUACCGAUACCGGUCAAGGUGCCGACGGCGGUGAUGCCGGAGACGGUGGGGGACUUCUCGCUCAUCAAGCUGAUACAGAAGUUCUCGGAGCCGCACGCCAAGGCGCCGCAGCCGUUCCCGCUCCACCCGCACCUGACGACGAGCGGGACGACGACGCACCCGAUCAUCGUGCUGGUCAACGGGCUGCUGACGCAGAAGCGCAUCAUCUUCCUGGGGUACAACAUGCCGUCGGGCGAGGUGGCCGAGGCGGUGCUGGCGUCGUGCGCGCUCGCCUCGGGCGGGCUGCUCCGCGGCUUCACGCGUCACGCCUUCCCGUACACGGACCUGACCAAGAUCGACGACCUGCUCAACGUGCCGGGCUUCAUCGCCGGCGUGACCAACCCGACCUUUGAGCACCACCCGGAGUGGUGGGACGUGCUGUGCGACCUGUCGAGCGGGCGCGUCCGCAUCUCGUCCAAGAUCGACGCCGCCGGCACGACCGAGGGCCUCCUCUCCUUCCAGCAGCAGAACCCGGCCUUCGCCACCGUCGCCUCGGGCACCACCAACCCCACCGGGGCCUACCAGGACCUCACCGGAGACGCCGCCUUCAUGGCCGACAUGCUGCGCAGCAUCGCCGCCCGCCGCGGCGAGCGCGUCAUCCGCGCAAAGUGGCGUGAAUGGGUCGUCAAGCUCACCCGCAUAGCCGCCCAGUUCGAGGAGAGCGUCUACGGCGCCAGCGCCCUGUACAUCGGCAGCGAGGACAGGGAGCUCACCCUCCCCGGGGCCAGCGGCCACGGCUACGUCUGGCCGGACGACGCGUCCAAGAUGCGAGAGCUGGCCGGCAAUGUCAUGAGGAUCGAAGGGUGGCGCAACACUCGGAGCUAUUACAGCUUCAUCCAGGACCUGGCACAGCUAUACACCGUCCGCCCCCUCAAGGGCCUAGACGUAGCCCACAUGCACGACCGGCUCCGUCUGCAGAAGCUGUCUCCCGCCCAGAGCCGAGACAUCUACCUUACCCUGUCGAAGCACAUCCACACCUACGACGAGAUAUGCCUCCUGCUCAGCGUGGCGCCCGAGUCGCGCGCCGGCCUGUUCUACCUCGGCCUGGGCCUCUUCCACAAGGACGCGGAUGUGAGGUUCCGCACGGCCGAGCUGCUCGAGCGCGUGGCCUCUCACGAGGCGGGACAGCACUGGUGGAACAGCAUGAGCCGGUUCCAGAAGCUGGCGUUUACGCGGAACCUGAACGCUGAUGGUGCCGGAGGGGGUCCCGGGGGAGCAGGUCAGGUGCCGGUACCACCACCGAAGGAUGCGGGGAGUCCGGGGGGAAGUGAUAAGAGGAUGAGCUGA